GUAGAAGGGGUAUACUAAAUACUGAUGUGGACAUCGGGGCAAAAUAAAGGGAAGAUAGCGAGAAAAUGAAAGAUGAUCCAAGCCGGUGUCAUCGCGUCACUCAAUCGCGAUUAAAUACCCCAAGCACGCAGGUUAACACAUGGUGAUUAUAAACCAUAGCGGUCUUAUUACCGUGAAAAAGAUUUGACCCAAGUACCACUAUUAUGUUUUUCUCGUAGUAUUGGGGUAUUUAUUGUAAAAGGGAAGGGGGGUUCUGUCACAGGCCUAUUCUUGGAUGAAAAGCUCCACCGAUGUGGAAGCUGAAGCGGCAGAGUACAAGUCUUGUGAUUGAUGACACGACGUUCUGCAUUGCAUUUCCUUCGUGUAGCUUCUCGCUUUCUUCAGGAGCCGGGAUGUCCGUCGAAAGAGCUGCUAGCACCUCUAUGGCCACCUCUGCGACCGCAUCGACCACCAACGGCUCGAGGAGCCGAAAUAGUGGCCGAGGAAGCCGUGCCGCGAGGGAAGACUCGGAGUCCCCCUCUCCCUCUCCGACGCCAGUCAACAAACCCUCCUCAUCUCCUAGCCCUGCUAAGAAUGGGAAGACAAUGAGCACUAGUUUGAAAAGGAUCCAAAAGGAACUUGCCGAAAUCACUCUGGAUCCCCCGCCGAACUGCAGGUAA